AUGGAGUGUAUGUCAAAAGGGGAUCGUUUAAAGUUGAAAUAUCCGGAUUAUUGGGAUCGUGAUCCUAGCGCCUGGAGGAAAUUAAGUGAUUGGGACAUAUAUUGGAUCGGGAAUCAACCACCUUCUUCAUCAAUUACCAAACAAAAUUCGUAUUCUACCUUGGCCAACGAGUUAAGGUGCUUAAAAGAAAUAUACGCAAACACACAUCCCGCUUAUAACAUCAUCAAAAAUCUGCAGAAAGAAAUGAAGGAAAGUAUAAUUAUUGAAAUAUAUGUGGAGCACCGCGUGUGCGUGGUCAUGGAAACAUUGGGCUGGCCCGAGUGUCCAGAUAAGGGAUGUUCUCUUGAGCUAAACCUGUGGUCCGAGUGUCCAUCAGGCGAGAAGAAAGGAAUGCAACGUGGUCUUCAGAUAGCACGUCGAGGAUUCCAAUUAUAUUCCGACAUGGAGUUUGAUUCAGUAGAACGAGAACGGAAGAGGUUGAACAUCUUUAAAACCUCUCAAAAUACUUCAACGGGGUCAUUUGCCGAUUUGAGAAAAGAAGGUGGCUAUUACUUAGACAAGACUUAUUUUGUCUCUAAAAUAGAGGGUCUCGAUGUUCGUGCUAUCCUUUCACUACGCCCUCGUCGUUUUGGAAAGACGCUAUUUCUUUCUACUUUAUCCUCUUAUUAUGACGUAAAGAACAAAGGAGAUCGAUUCGAACAACUUUUUGGCGAUUUUUACAUCGGAAAAAAUCCCACACCAUUAGCAUCUUCAUUCCUUGUUCUUAGGCUCAAUUUUUCUGGACUUCGUACCAAUUCAACAUUUGAAGUUUUCGAAGAGGACUUCCAUAAAAUUUUGAACGUAGACAUGACAAAGUUUAUGUGCAGAUAUCGACAUGAGUUGAAGAAUUAUUAUCAAGUUUUGAAUAAAAAAGAAAGCGCUUUGGUGAAUUUUAAGGAGUUACUGAAUGCGGUAGAAUUGAGCGAGCACAAGUUCUCAAGCAGAACUGAAGCAAUAAAGAGUUCGUUCAAACAAUUUUACAGUCGAUUGAAAUCUGCUUGUGAUGCUGGCAUUGCCUAUGUUUUCCAAACUGGUGUGACUCCUAUUGUUGUGGCCGAAUUCACUUCAGGUUUUAAUAUUUCUGAAGAUUUAGCCCUUAACAAAAAAAAUUGGGACAUACCAGACAAUAUUAAAGAAGAAUUAAUUACGUGGUUAAAAAACGAAAAUGAUGGAUAUUUUUUUCAUCCUAGACAACCUGAAAGGAUUUUUAACACAGCACGUGUCUUGUACUGUAUUAGAAAAUUUUUGGAACAAAAGGAAGAAUCAGAUAAUAGUUGGAAUUCUUUAACAACUCAUGAUGCACUUCUUAAUUUUCCCUCUGACCCUCAAACACUUCCCUCUCAAAUUUCAUUGGAUUUAAUCGUUAACAACCCCCUUGGUAAAUCCAUCCUUACAGAAGCACUUUCUCGGCAUCCUCUCGAAUCCAAAGACGGCAUAGCUCAACGAUUUAGACUCAUCAAUAUUCGCGAAUUAGCAACUGAUCGUACACAACUACUUUCAUUUAUGUUUUAUAUCGGAGCCAUUACGUAUCAACCUAGCUUAUCGACCAAACAUUAUUUUCGAAUACCUGAUCAUCUUACCGAAAGGGAAUUUAUUAGGGAAGCAUUAAAAAUUUACGACUGGAAAGAUGAUUUAAUUCCUGUGCGGAGCUUUUUGCAAAUUUUAGAGGCCGAUAAUAAUAUCGAACCCCUUUGUCGUUUUAUUGAGAAUACUUUAUUAAAGCCUCUAAAAGGUAAUAGCAUAGUAUAUUCUAAUGAAGAAGCCCUAAAGCAAGCAUUUAUGGAUGCUAUGAUUCUUAACCUCCAUGCUGGUAUCGAGCCGGAAUUCCAAGUACCAACCGAAGUUGAUAAUAUCCAAAUGAAAAAAAUUAUAUUAGACGGAGCUAGUGGUCGUUGGCAGGAUGCCACCAAAGUAUCACGAUCGUUAUUAGAAAAAUCAGAAGAAAUCAUCUUGGGAUUGAAAAUCGACGAUGAGCACCGAAAAACAGUUGCGGAAGAUUUAGAAUAUAAGAUUAAUACAAAAAAAAUAUCUUAG